GGGCUCGCGGUGGCCCCCGUGACCCCGACACCGCCGCCAGGAGGCAAGGAUCGGGAAGCGUUCGAGGCCGAGUACCGACUUGGCCCCCUGCUGGGAAAGGGGGGCUUUGGCACAGUCUUCGCAGGACAUCGCAUCACAGACCGGCUCCAGGUGGCCAUCAAAGUGAUCCCCCGGAAUCGCGUGUUGGGCUGGUCCACCCUGUCAGAGUCAGUCACAUGCCCACUGGAAGUAGCACUGCUGUGGAAGGUGGGUGCAGGUGGUGGACACCCUGGUGUGAUCCGCCUGCUUGACUGGUUUGAGACCUCGGAGGGCUUCAUGCUGGUCCUUGAGCGGCCUUUGCCUGCCCAGGAUCUCUUUGACUACAUCACAGAACAGGGUCCGCUGGGUGAAGAACGGAGCCGCUGCCUCUUCACCCAGGUAGUGGCAGCCGUUCGGCACUGCCACGCCCGUGGAGUUGUUCAUCGUGACAUCAAGGAUGAAAACAUCCUGAUAGACCUCCGCCGAGUCUCUAUCAAACUCAUUGAUUUUGGUUCUGGUGCCCUGCUUCAUGAUGAACCCUACACUGACUUUGAUGGGACAAGGGUAUACAGCCCCCCGGAGUGGAUCUCUCGUCACCAGUAUCAUGCUCUCCCGGCCACUGUCUGGUCACUGGGUGUCCUUCUCUAUGACAUGGUAUGUGGAGACAUUCCCUUCGAGAGGGACCAGGAGAUUUUGGAGGCUGAGCUCCACUUCCCUGACCAUGUAUCCCCAGACUGUUGUGCCCUAAUCCGCCGGUGCCUGGACCCUAAACCUUCUGCUCGACCCUCACUGGAGGAGAUCCUGGUGGAUCCCUGGAUGCAGAAACCAGCUGAGGAUGCACCCCCUGACACCCCUAAAGGGGGUUCUGCCCCUUUGGCCUGGUCCCUGCUGCCCUAGUUGGGCGGUUCCAUGCCACAGGAAUAACACAUCUGUUGAUCUGGUUUUACAGGUCAUUAAAAAAUCCAGUGUUACUAGGGUCAGAGAUUGGGGAUCAGGGGUCAGAAAACAUAUGCCAAGUCUGCCCAGUCCCCAUCCCAAUCCUGUUUAAGGAGCCUUCCUCCCAGAAUUUACAGUUUCUUAUUCUGGAGGGGGGACUUCCUUGCUUCUCAUUUUACUAAGUAUGUUUAUUUGGUUGAAGUUAAUUCCAUUCUGAGCCCCAGGAAUCUGUGUUACAACCCUUACACUGGCACCUCCUGCCUGCUACACCACACAAACUUAGUUGAAAUGCUCUAACUUGGGCAAGGGUGCUUUUGUUGGAAUACCCCAGCAGCUCUUAUUUUAGUAAAGGGACUGUUUCCUUUAGCUUAGGUUAAGAUUCCAUGUUCAGUCAAGCUGCUUGCCUACCUCAGCCCAGGGUUGAUUAUUCUGGGGGAGGUAAUGCCCUAUUGUUAUCCCAGGGCUUUUUUUUUUCUUUUUUUGUCUUGGUUUUUUUGGUGAAGGGACCCUACUCUGUUAUUCCAAGUGCUCUUAUUCUGGUGAGGAGAAACCCUACUUCCAAGAUUUGGGAAGGAAUGGGAGAUGGACACCACCAGAGUCCACUAGGAUGGGUUGGAUGGUUUUUGGGGGGAUCGGGUGGGGGAAAUAAGUCUUGUUGUUUGUUCUCCUAGGGCCUCCCCCUCCACCUUUUUUGGAUUCUUGCUGCCUCCUUCUGAGCCAGGAUUGUCCAGUUGCUGAAAUGUAAAUACUUAUGUAUUAGGAGGAAGGGAGCUCCAACUGUGUCAUCCUCUCCCUUCUCCACAUGCCUGGAUUAUUUAAAAAGCCAUGUGUGGAAACCCACUAUUUAAUAAACGUUAUAGAAUCACAA